AUGCUUCGACGGGCUGGUCUGCUGGCGCUUUUACGCUUUGCAAGCGCCGCAUCGCUUGCGGAUGUCAAGCAUGUGGUGAUGCUGAUGCAGGAAAAUCGAUCUUUCAUGCACUAUCUCGGGACAUUGAAGGGUGUCCGCGGGUUCGCUGACCCCAACGUCCAAAUCAACCCGAACGGACUGCCCGUAUGGUACCAGUACAACAGAGACGUAUCAUCCUUGACCAAUGACACCGAUUAUCUUUUGCCUUAUUGGUUGAACUAUCUCGGAGGCGACUGGCCUAACCGCACACAAUGUCUCAGUCCUGGCAGUAACUUGUGGCUUCCGACACAGAUUGCUUACAAUGGAGGUUUGAACAAUUUGUGGCCGAGCAGCUCGGCCCCUCAAGCUUGGGCAUACUACAAACGACAGGAUAUCCCAUUCCACUAUGCACUAGCGGAUUCAUUUACCGUUGCCGACCAUUACCAAGCAGGCGUUAUGUCAGCCACAGACCCAAAUCGUUGGAUGUGGCAGUCUGGAUCUAUCAACGUACCUGGUGGUCCUCAGCCGCUAGGAGCAGGCGGUGUUGUGCUCGACGACAACCAGACACCAGGUUGCGAGGCCACUGAUCUCAACUGUGUUCCACUAUAUUGGCCCGCCACAGCUGAGUACUACGAUGCUGCCGGAGUCGAUUGGGGCGUGUUCAUGAAUGAAUAUGACUACGUGACUAAUAACGGACUAUUCUACUUCGAUACUUUCCAAAAUGCUCCAGAGAAUUCAAGCCUCUAUCAGCGUGGCCUUGCCUUUAGUGACCAGAACUCAUUGGAUGGAUUCUAUUCAGCUGCCGCGAACGGAACACUGCCUGAGAUCAGUUGGAUCUUCCCACCCGGGGCGGUGAACGAUGGCGCGUGGUUUAUGAAGAAUAUCGUGGAUGCGGUGACACAAGGACCCAACUGGGACUCCACCGUCCUGUUGAUCUGCUAUGAUGAGGGAGGCGGAUUUGGUGACACUGUCUGGUAUCAUUCUCCCGAAGGAACAGCUGGCGAGUGGUUCGAAGACCCUUACGGCGAGCUGGGAUAUCAAUUCUCCGGCCCUGGUGUCCGGAUUCCUCUCUUUAUCAUAUCGCCUUUCACUAGAGGAGGUCGUGUCUUCACCGAGCAUGCAGAUCAUAAUUCACAUAUUCUAUUCGUUGAGCAGUACCUGACUGCGAAAGGAUAUGAGAACAUCACUACAACUCAGAUGAGUGACUGGCGGCGCACUCAUAUGUCCAACCUUCUGAACGCCUUUGACUUUGAUAACCCCGAUUACUCCAUUCCCGAUCUUCCUUCUUCCCCAUAUCCAUACACGGACGACGAUGGCAAUAUCGUCGGCACAUACGUGGCAUGUGAAGCAACAUAUUCUGAUGUCGACCCUCCGGUUCCCUAUGGCAACCAGACACUUGAAGAUUCGCUCUACUUUGAAGAUGGUUGGAAACAAGUCUACGGCUACCUGACCGAAGGGCAUUAUCUCGUCUUCGAGACGAACGGUUUUGCCUUGACCAACCCAGGCACGAAUGAUAGCUCUGAUGUAACGACUACUGCGGCUACUACCGAUCAUGAGAACAUUUCACAGCGCUGGAUUUUACAUGCUCUGUCCGACGCCGACGAUGAUUUCGGAAAAUUCGAGAUUUCAAGCGCUGCAGACGGGAGAUACAUCACCGUUGAUGCAUCUCUGACCAGCGGAAACAGCACAGCGGGGGUAUUUGGCAUCGCCUAUAUUGGCGGUGGUGGCUAUACUCUUCAGAAUAGUGAGGGUAAGUACUUGUCUGUGGGCAGUAGUGACAGCCUUGAACUGGCUUCUUCUGGCUCGAGCUGGGGUAUCUACUCCGUCACAUACCACUCUUAG